GACGUCUCCGAAUGUUGUUGUUGGUGGCGGCGGCGAGCGGAGCCGGAGGAGCCGCCGCAAAGAUGGAGGAGCCGUCGGGGAGGCGCUGCCGCUGCUGCCGCCGCCGCUGCUGUCGCCGCCCCCCGCGAAGCCGGAGCUCGAGCCACAGGGGGGAUGCUGUUUUGAGUGCCUGACUGCCUCGCCCAGAAGGAUGGCCUCGGAUGGGCAUUAGAGGCACAGCGGCCCCGGGCUCCUGUCCCGUCCGUCUGUCUGUUAUCGUCUGUCUCGCUUGACAUCAUCGCAGCUCCAUCCCCUCCUGUCCCAGCCCCCAGCGCCAGCUUCCUGCAGGCCCAGAGCCGGCAUGAACUCUCCCACCGAGUCGGCAGAUGGGAUGUCAGGCCGGGAACCAUCCUUGGAAAUCCUGCCUCGGACUGCUCUGCACGGCAUCCCUGUGGCAGUGGAGGUGAAGCCGGUGUUGCCAGGAGCCAUGCCCAGCUCAAUGGGGGGUGGGGGUGGAGGCAGCCCCAGCCCAGUGGAGCUGCGGGGUGCUCUGGCCGGUCCUGUGGACCCCGCGCUGCGGGAGCAGCAACUGCAGCAGGAGCUCCUGGCACUCAAGCAGCAGCAGCAGCUGCAGAAGCAGCUCCUAUUCGCUGAGUUUCAGAAACAGCAUGACCACCUGACACGGCAGCAUGAGGUCCAGCUGCAGAAGCACCUCAAGGUGAGCAAGGGGGGCGUGGGGGGGCCACCCAGACCUUUGACCCCCGCCCGGACCUGCUCACCCUGCCUCCCUGUCCUGCAGCAGCAGCAGAUGUUGGCAGCCAAGAGGCAGCAGGAGCUGGAGCAGCAGCGGCAGCGGGAGCAGCAGCGGCAGGAGGAGCUGGAGAAGCAGCGGCUAGAGCAGCAGCUGCUCAUUCUGCGGAACAAGGAGAAGAGCAAAGAGAGUGCCAUCGCCAGCACUGAGGUGAAGCUGAGGCUCCAGGAGUUCCUCCUGUCGAAGUCAAAGGAGCCCACGCCAGGCGGCCUCAACCAUUCCCUCCCGCAGCAUCCCAAAUGCUGGGGAGCCCACCAUGCUUCUUUGGACCAGAGUUCCCCUCCCCAGAGUGGCCCACCCGGGACGCCUCCCUCCUACAAACUGCCUUUGCUUGGGCCCUAUGACAGCCGUGAUGACUUCCCCCUCCGCAAAACAGCCUCCGAACCCAACUUGAAAGUGCGUUCAAGGCUAAAGCAGAAGGUGGCCGAGCGGAGAAGCAGUCCCCUCCUGCGUCGCAAGGAUGGGACUGUCAUCAGCACCUUUAAAAAGAGAGCUGUUGAGAUCACAGGUGCCGGCCCUGGGGUGUCCUCGGUUUGUAACAGCGCGCCAGGCUCUGGCCCCAGCUCCCCCAACAGCUCCCACAGCACCAUCGCCGAGAACGGCUUUACUGGCUCAGUCCCCAACAUCCCCACCGAGAUGCUCCCCCAGCACCGGGCGCUCCCCCUGGAGAGCUCCCCCAACCAGUUCAGCCUCUACACGUCUCCCUCUCUGCCCAACAUCUCCCUAGGGCUGCAGGCCACGGUCACUGUCACCAACUCACACCUCACUGCCUCCCCCAAACUGUCGACACAGCAGGAGGCCGAGAGGCAGGCCCUCCAGUCCCUGCGGCAGGGUGGCGCACUGACUGGCAAGUUCAUGAGCACAUCCUCUAUCCCCGGUUGCCUGCUGGGCGUGGCACUGGAGGGCGACACGAGCCCCCACGGGCAUGCCUCUCUGCUGCAGCACGUGUUGCUGCUGGAGCAGGCCCGGCAGCAGAGCACCCUCAUCGCUGUGCCGCUCCACGGGCAGUCCCCAUUGGUGACGGGUGAACGAGUGGCUACCGGCAUGCGGACGGUGGGCAAACUCCCGAGGCACCGGCCCCUGAGCCGCACUCAGUCCUCACCGCUACCCCAGAGCCCCCAGGCCCUGCAGCAGCUGGUCAUGCAACAGCAGCACCAGCAGUUCCUGGAGAAGCAGAAGCAUCAGCAGCAGCUGCAGCUGGGCAAGAUCCUCACGAAGACCGGGGAGCUGCCCCGACAGCCCACCACGCACCCCGAGGAGACGGAAGAGGAGCUGACAGAGCAGCAGGAGGCCUUGCUGGGGGAGGGGGCCCUCACCAUCCCCCGAGAAGGCUCCACGGAGAGCGAGAGCACUCAGGAAGACCUGGAGGAGGAGGAAGGGGAGGAGGAGGAGGACGAUGACGAGGAGGAUUGUGUCCAGGUCAAGAAUGAGGAGGGCGAGAGUGGUGGUGAAGAGGGGCCCGACUUGGAGGAGUCCAGCGCUGGUUACAAAAAGGUGUUCUCAGAUGCCCAGCAGCUGCAGCCACUGCAGGUGUACCAGGCACCCCUCAGCCUGUCCACUGUGCCCCACCAGGCCCUGGGCCGAACCCAGUCCUCACCUGCUGCUCCUGGGGGCAUGAAAAGCCCCCCAGACCAACUCACCAAGCACCUCUUCACCACAGGUGUGGUUUACGACACGUUCAUGUUGAAGCACCAGUGCAUGUGUGGGAACACACACGUGCACCCUGAGCACGCCGGCCGGAUCCAGAGCAUCUGGUCCCGGCUGCAGGAGACUGGCCUGCUUAGCAAGUGUGAGCGGAUCCGGGGUCGCAAAGCCACGCUGGACGAGAUUCAGACGGUGCACUCCGAAUACCACACCCUGCUCUAUGGGACCAGCCCCCUCAACCGACAGAAGCUGGACAGCAAGAAGUUGCUUGGCCCCAUCAGCCAGAAGAUGUACGCCAUGCUGCCUUGUGGAGGCAUUGGGGUGGACAGCGACACCGUAUGGAACGAGAUGCACUCCUCCAGCGCCGUGCGGAUGGCAGUAGGCUGCCUAGUGGAGCUGGCUUUCAAGGUGGCGGCUGGAGAGCUCAAGAAUGGAUUUGCCAUCAUCCGGCCCCCAGGACACCACGCUGAGGAAUCCACAGCCAUGGGAUUCUGCUUCUUCAACUCUGUAGCCAUCACAACCAAACUCUUGCAGCAGAAGCUGAACGUGGGCAAGGUUCUCAUCGUGGACUGGGACAUUCACCACGGCAAUGGCACCCAGCAGGCGUUCUACAAUGACCCCUCCGUGCUCUACAUCUCCCUGCAUCGCUAUGACAAUGGGAACUUCUUUCCAGGCUCUGGGGCUCCUGAGGAGGUUGGCGGAGGGCCGGGCGUGGGGUACAAUGUGAACGUGGCAUGGACGGGCGGUGUGGACCCCCCCAUCGGAGACGUGGAAUACCUAACAGCCUUCAGGACAGUGGUGAUGCCCAUUGCCCACGAGUUCUCACCUGACAUGGUCCUAGUCUCCGCCGGGUUUGAUGCUGUUGAGGGACACCUGUCUCCGCUGGGUGGCUACUCUGUCACCGCCAGAUGUUUUGGCCACCUGACCAGGCAGCUGAUGACGUUGGCAGGGGGCCGGGUGGUGCUGGCCCUGGAGGGAGGCCACGACUUGACCGCCAUCUGUGAUGCCUCUGAGGCCUGUGUCUCAGCUCUGCUCAGCGUGGAGCUACAGCCCUUGGACGAGACAGUCUUACAGCAAAAGCCCAACAUGAACGCGGUGGCCACGCUAGAGAAAGUCAUCGAGAUCCAGAGCAAACACUGGAGUUGCGUGCAGAGGUUCGCCGCCGGCCUGGGUCGUUCCCUACGGGAGGCCCAGGCGGGUGAGGUGGAGGAGGCCGAGACUGUGAGCGCCAUGGCCUUGCUGUCAGUGGGGGCCGAGCAGGCCCAGGCUGCCGUGGCCAGGGAGCACAGCCCCAGGCCAGCAGAGGAGCCUAUGGAGCAGGAGCCUGCCCUGUGAUACCCCGGCCCCCACCCCUCUGGGCUUCAUCAUUGUGAUUUUGUUUAUUUUUUCUAUUAAAAACAAAAAGUCACACAUUCAACGACGUGUGCCGUGUGGGUCUCUCAGCCUCGCCCCUCCUGCUCCUCUAAGCUGUCUCAGGCCCCCGCCCCUGUGGCCAUCUCAGCUCUAGAACUUUGUUCCCUCUGUAGGGUGCGGGGGUGCCCUCUGCAGCCCCUCCCCCACGUUGUAUCUCACACUCAGUUUCCCGAAUUAUGUCCUUUUCCCCCUUGGAGCCUGGGCCAGCUCAAGGUGAGCAUGGGGGCCCAACUAGUACCUUCUGGUUCCGGAGUUUGCCUGAGUGAGGAGGGAACAGGAAGUUCGGUGCCUUGGAUUCAGCUGACUUGGGGGGAAUUGCCUUAAUUUCACCCUCCUCCCCUCUCUAGCCCUGGGAGGUUCUGGAGGGUCCCUCUACAGUCUAGGAUGUAGAGUGGAGGGGAGGUGGGCUCCUGCCUGAUGAUUCCCCGUCAUUCCUUCCCUCUGUUGUUUUCACCAUCUCUGCACAGACUUCUCUCCCCCCCUUCCUUCUGGCCUUAGCGCCAAGGGAGGGGAAGGCUUGUGCCCUA